AUGAAACGAAUUUCUGUAGGAACAAAAGAUAUUAAUAUUCGUAUUCGACUCGGUCGUGAUCUUAUGAAUGCGGUCUAUGUUUUUGGACUUGCUGGUUUUAGUUCGAAUUAUCCGUGUAUUUUUUGUACACAGCAUAAAGAUGAUCUUCAUGUAACUGAAGACACAGCGUACGAUAAAACUGUAACUGAAGGAAAAGGAAAGAAUAAGAAAACAACUACUGUUCAUAUUGGUCCUACGUCAUAUCACGAUAUAGCUAAAGGAGCAAGAUCUCUUUUCGAGCAAGCUUCAUGUUUAGCAAAGAACACCAAUGAGUUGGGAUACAAGUGUGAGCCUCUGUUCGGUGAUCUCUUCAACUAUCAGGACUAUUGUAUUGAUACAUUACAUAUGAAGCUGCGUAUUUUUGAUGUCAUUUUAAAAGACAUUUUGUCUUAUGCUUCUCGUACAGGAAAAUAUGGAAGUGAACAUUUAGCUGUAAUCGAAGAGAAAAUUAGAAUUCUAAAUGAACAUUGUGAAAAAACUGUCGGUGAACGUUUUUUCUUUCAAAUAGAUUCCGACGAUAAAAAUAAAACGAUAGCUUCUCAUGGAAAACUUUCAGGGCAUCUUCAAGAUCUUUUUUUUGUUGAUAGUUUUCCAUAUAAUGAUAUUCUUAGUGAUGAAAUAGCGAAAGCAGUUCGAUCAGUUGUCAAUAAAUUUAAGGAAAUUCUACGUGAAUUAAGUCAUAAUACUGUAAAACAAAAAGGUGUUCUUAAAAAAUUAUCGCUCGAGUUCGUAAAAGAAUUUCGUCAGAGUGGCCUUCAAACAACUGUAACACCUUACAUUCACAUAGUUGGAAACCAUUUAUUUGAGUUCGACGAAUUCAAUAACCUUGGAGAUUUUAAUAUGCAAGGUGUUGAGAAAAAUAAUGACGUCCUUUCUCGUCUAUAUUUUUCAUCGACGAAUCCUGCCAAAAAUCCUCUUCUAACUAUGCUGCAAAAAUUAUAUCGAAUGCUCGAGAUGAAUUUUCAAGAUGAAAAAGAGAGAGAUGCCAUGGCUAAAUUUGCUCAUACAGGAGUAUAUGACAUUGUCGAAGAAAAUAUGAGUGAAUUGGAAUCCGACAUUGAAGAUCACAGUAUUUUACCUCGUAACAAACAAGAUAAUACAGAAAGUGAAGAAGAAAAUGAAGGACAAUCAGAUCUAUCUAUUAGUGAGAAUGAAGAAGAGAAUCAAGAUGAAACAGAAUCAGACGAAUCUUUGGUAUGGGCACCUGAAAACAGAUUUGGUACUCCAAUUUUACCUCGUACUCAAAAUCGUUUUAAAAGCUUUCGAAGAUCUUGA